CAUUGCGGGCGGUGGUGCGGUCGGCAUUGAACUUGCCGGCGAGAUUCGUGAAGCACAUCCGAACACCAAGGUCACCAUCGUCCACAGCGAGACGCGCCUGUUGAGCGACGUCUACCCUGAAAAGCUCCGAAAGAACUUAGAACAGAAGGUUCUCGCCCAGGGGAUCACUCUCAUAGACCAAGACUAUAUCGACGUCUUCCCCGAUCCACUUUUUGUCACCGAUGUCGUCACGCGCAAGGGCAAGACGAUCAAGGAUGCCGAUCUUGUGAUCCAGGCCUUCGGCUCGCGUCCAAACACAGAUGUCAUUAACACGCUCGGAGCGGGCGUCCUCACCGAGGCCGGCCACGUCAAGGUGAAGCCGACGCUCGAGCUGCCGGACCACCCGGGUGUGUUUGCCGCGGGCGACAUCAUCGACUGGCACGAGCAGAAGCAGGCCCUCAAAAGCGGGAGCCACAUGUCCGUCGUCGUGCCGAACCUGCUCAGUUUCCUCCGGGGCCAGUCCCAGAAGAAAGUCUACAAGGGCUCGACAGAGAUGAUCGUCGUCCCCAUCGGAAGGCUGCAUGGCUCGGGAUAUUUUGGUGUUCUCUGGGGCGUCAUUCUUGGCGACUGGUUCGCCAGCAUGAUCAAGGGGAAGGACCUUCUCGUAGACAUGUCACGGAAAUCUCUCAAUUACUAG